CGGCCGCCCCUCAUUAGCCCAUAUUAUCAAUUCCUCGACGCGGCGUCCGGCGAGUCUCUUUGUCAAUUAAUAGAGCAAUAGGAGGCUCGGGGAGGAGGAGGAAAGGGUCCUUGUUUUGGCCGUGGAGGGAGGCAAAGUUGCCCCUUCAUUCUCUUUGUGCUUGCUCCGGCGGGGGGUCAGAGAAGGGCCCACCGAUGUACCGUUACCGAUUUGUGCCGAUAACAGUGGGCGCCCCUGCCUCCCCCUCCGCCGCCCGACGCCCAUUUCGCCGCUCCUCCGCCUCACGCUGCUUUCCUCUAUGGAUUUCAUCUUGAAAAUUCGGCAUAGUUGCCUUAGUUGAGUGAUCUGGAGCAAUAUCAGAGGAGCGAGCGGGCGAGGCAGUUGUGGUUGAGUGCUGGGCGGCGCUCUGGCGGGGAGCGGUGGAGUUACUGGUCGGCCAUGUUGGUAGCCUAAGGCGACCAGUGAUGAAUGCGUGGGGCCAGUGGACCUGCCUCUAUACACAGCACACCGACGCACUCCCGCUCGCUCCCGCAUUUUCGCUUGAUUGCAGCUGUUAAUUGAGUAUUUAUGGAUAAAUUUGUGUGUGGUAGGAUGUGGUGGAGGGGAAGAGUGGAAUACCGCCCAGUGUGGAAGUGAAACGAAGUGAUGGGACCAGUCAACCUCACAUGUUUUUUACCAAGGAGUAAUGAGGACUCUGCAUCGCGCAUCCUAAGAUGGCGAGACCGGUCGGCCCCGGACUAGCCAGGAUAAUGGCGCUGUGGUGAAGCAGGCCGAGCCGCAAGAUGCGAGAACUGUGGGGCUGGAGCCUGGCGGCGCUGCUGUGGGUGGUGGCGGCCAGCGUGGGGCCAGACUACCACAGCCACCACGACGACUGCCAGGCCACCUCGCUGCCGGGCACCGACCUGGCCGCCCUGCUGUGUCGUCUGCGGACCAUCAACAGUGAACUGGACGCCACCAACUUCACUGUCAUCCCGCGCCGGAACACCGCCAAGCUCAGGAUCGAGUGUAGUGACGUGCUCUUCUUCCAAAGCUCGCUGCAGAACAAGAGCUUCGUCCGCCUGCGGGAGCUGCAGGAGCUCGACAUCGAAUACUGUAAAAUCGGCGAAGUGCCGCGGGAGGCGUUUCUUGGCCUGACCAACCUGAGAAACCUAACGCUGCGCACCUACAACACUGACUGGUCUGCCAUGUCCCUCAAGAUCGCCAGCGACGCCUUCCGCGAGCAGAGGAACCUGGAGCGACUGGACCUCGGCGACAACAACAUCUGGACGCUGCCGCCGCGGUUGCUGUGCCACCUGGGGAACCUCAAGCUGCUGAACCUGUCCAAGAACAAGCUGCAGGAUGUGACUGUGCUCAGCUUCAGCCAAGCAGAGCAUAUAUGUGCCCCGGGUCUUCGCUACCUCGACCUCUCCUACAACCACCUGGUGAGCGUCCCGGCCUUUGCUUUUGCGGCGCUCAAAAACCUCCAGUCGCUCAACGUGAGCCUGAACGGCAUCAGCAAGUUGGAGGACAAGGCACUAUUUGGCAUGUACUCGCUCGAGGUGCUCGAUCUGUCGGGGAACCUGCUGACGGCGCUGCCGCCCGAGCUCUUCCAGGAGAACAAGCGACUCACGAAGCUGUACAUCAGAAACAACUCGGUGAGCGUUCUCGCGCCGGGGCUCUUCACGGGCCUCAGCCUCUUGCUGGAGCUGGAGCUGACCGACAAUCAGCUCACCAACACCUGGGUCAACUCGGAGACCUUCACGGACCUACUGAGGCUAGCCAGCCUCGACCUGUCAAACAACAAAAUCACCAGACUCGACCCCUCCACCUUCCGCGACCUAACCAACCUGCAGGUGCUGAGGCUGCAGCAGAACAUGAUCGAAACGGUGUCGGACAACACGUUCAGUGGACUGUUUCGGCUGCACACGUUGGUGCUGUCCGAGAACAGGAUAAAAGAACUGAGCGACAAGACGCUGGCGGGGCUGCGUGGGCUGCAGGUGCUCAAGCUGGACCACAACGAAGUGUUUAGCGUUGACAGCCUGGCGCUCACGAACUCGACUGAGCUGCAGGAGCUGCAGCUCAGCAACAAUUACCUGCAGGACGUGCCCAAGCUAGUGCAGAGCCUCACCUCCCUCAGGACGCUCGACCUCAGCGGCAACCAUGUAAGUGUUCUCACUAACAGUUCCUUCACUGACCUCAGUAACCUGAGCGCCCUCAGGCUGGCGGCCAACGUGGUGGAGGUGGUGGGCAAGACGGUGUUCCGUGCCCUGCCCGCCCUGCAGGUGCUCGACCUCUCCACCAACAAGAUCAAAACCAUCGAAAACGGCGCCUUCGACAACAACAAACACCUGGAGGCCGUGAGCCUCGACAACAACGUGCUCACCAGCGUGCAGGGCCUCUUCUCCGAGCUGCCCAAACUCGAGUGGCUCAACCUCUCCAAGAACCACCUCGAGAUGUUCGACUACGCCUUCAUCCCGCGCGGCCUCAUGUACCUCGACCUUCGCUCAAACUUUAUCAACGAACUCGGGAACUACUUCGAGAUCGAGAGUCAGCUGAGCCUCAAGAUUAUCGACGCGAGCUUCAACAAGCUGUCUGACAUUAGUGCCAGCUCGGUGCCGGACAGCGUCGAGAUUCUCUUCCUCAAUAACAACCUCAUCUCGCGAGUGCAGCCUUAUGCCUUCUUCAAGAAGAAAAAUCUCACCCGCGUCGAUCUCUUCGCCAACAAGAUCCAAAACAUCGACCAGAACGCCCUCAGGCUCUCCCUCAUGAACCCGACGCGCGACCCGCCCGAGUUUUACCUGGGCGGAAACCCCUUCGAGUGUGACUGCACCAUGGAGUGGUUGCAGGCCAUCAACAGCCUCGAGGAGACACGUCAGCAUCCCGCCGUGGUGGACCUUGACACCAUCAACUGCAGCCUCAUGAACAACAAGGGCGUCAUCCCGCUGCUCGAAGCAAAGAAGCUCCAGUUCUUAUGUGAGUACGAGUCGCAUUGCUUCGCACUCUGCCACUGCUGCGACUUCGACGCCUGCGACUGCGAGAUGACCUGCCCCUCCAACUGCACCUGCUUCCAUGACGAGUCUUGGGCCGCCAAUAUCGUGGAUUGUUCCCGCGCCGGAUACGACGCCGUGCCUGACAGGAUCCCGAUGGACUCAUCUGAAGUGUACCUGGACGGCAACGAGCUCUCGUCGCUCUCCAGCCACACCUUCAUCGGCAGGAAGAACCUGAAGGUGUUGUACCUGAACAGCAGCAAGGUGGAGCUCAUUCAUAACAGAACUUUCAACGGCCUGCGGCUGCUGGAGGUGCUGUACCUGCAGAAUAACUUCAUCAAGGACCUCAAGGGCUAUGAGUUCGAGCACCUGACGCUGCUGCGGGAGCUGCACCUCAACAACAACGAGCUGUCCUUCGUGCAAAACGCCACCUUCCUCAGCCUCGUCUCGCUCAGAGUCCUGCGCCUCGACGUCAACCACCUCAAGACUCUGCCCGUCACCUACUUCCACAGGAACCACAACCUCCACUCCCUCUACCUGGGCGGCAACCCGUGGCGCUGCGAGUGCGGCAAUGCCGCGGAGGUGCAGGCGUGGCUGGAGGGCGCCGCCGUGGUGCUGCGGGACAAGGAGCAGGUGCAGUGUACCCUCAACAAGACGGUGGAGGUGACGAUGCAACUCACGUCUUUCAACGUCUCUGUGUGCUCCAAUGAGACCGAGACCACCACCACCAUCCGCCACGAGGCCUACCUGGACUACGUGUUCCUGCCCACCGUCACCCUCGGCGCCUUCGCCGUGCUGGUCACCCUCACUCUCAUCAUCUUCUGCAACAGGAAUCGCAUGCGGGUGUGGGUGUACGCCAAGUACGGCGUGCGGCUCUUCUACCGCAGCGAGUACGAGGGCGACACGGACAAAGCCUUCGAUGCCUUCGUCAGCUACAGCUCCAAGGAUGAGGUGUUCGUCACGCAGAUCCUGGCGCCGGAGCUGGAGCGCGGCAGCCCCGCCUAUAAGCUGUGUCUCCACUACCGAGACUUCCCCGUCGGUGCCUACGUCACCGAUACCAUCCUCAGCGCCGUGGAAACAAGCAAGCGCACGAUACUCAUCCUCUCCGAAAACUUCAUCAAGUCGGAGUGGCGGCGCUUCGAGUUCCGCUCAGCCCACCACGAGGUGCUGAAGGACCGGCGGCGGCGGCUCAUCGUCAUCCUGCUGGGGGAGGUGCCGCGGCGGGACCUCGACCCCGACAUCCGCCUCUACCUGAAGACUAACACGUAUCUCAAGUGGGGCGACAACCACUUCUGGGAGAAGUUGAAAUUCGCCAUGCCCGACGCCCGCCGCCCGACCCGCAGCCACCAGCUCCAUACCCUCGCCGCCCAGCCGCCGCCCGGCCCCCGCCCCGUGCCCCUUCACAUGUAGCCCAACACGCCCUCGCCCGCCACGACGCCCGCGACCCCCUCCUCCAUCUCGACGCCCAUCCAGAAAACCCCAGUGUCCUGACCUCCACCUCCACCCCGCACCCCCGCCGCCACCCCCUCACCCCAUGGCUCCUCCACCAGUCCGAGAUAAGAGGAAACCCCAGCAGGUGGCGAGGAGGAUGGAGGGAGGUGGAGUGUGGUGGAGAGGUGGAGGCAGCGGCGGCGAGGUCGUGGGGAUAAGAUCGGUCACAGCCGCCACCACCACCACCACCACCACGACAAGAAUUUUCAAUGUUCCUUGCGUUGUCAGUGUGCUGCAGUGGGUGUUGCUGCUGCGGCAAGGAGAGACAACAAUACUGCCAUAAAGUGUUGCCAAAAAUACCUUCUUUAUCUCCCUUUCAAGUAAAAGAAAAAAUAGUUUGUUCUGUCUCGAAAAGAAAAUGUGAAUAGUGGGCGACUUGAGGCUUCGCUGCUAACCAUGAAUAUAGUGUUAAAAAAUAUAUAUGUUGACGAAAAAAGUGCAAAAUUUAAUACAAGGAAAAAUAUAAUAUACGAAUAACUGUCACUGGUGAUUUGUAAGAAAAAUAUAAAAGCCUGCAAAUAAAUAUAAAGUAUAUCUGGAUAUUCAGGUGAUAAUUGGAAAAAGCUGUCACUCAUGAAAAACGCAACACAUAAAUUGUUUAGAUUUUUCCCGUGAUGAAAAAAAAAAUUAUACCCAACACAUGAAAAUACAAGGCAAUAAAGCGAAUGCAAAGUGUGGAAAAAAAUGUGAUUGCUGUUGCAUUAAAAUAUUUCGGCGACCAAGAAAGUGAAAAAAAAUCAUUGGGUACUAAAAAUAAAUCAACACCAAUACCCAGAAAAAAUAUUAGUAUGAAAGAAAGACAGAACAACACAUAUCAAAGGAGAGAAAAAAGUGACAACACCGAAACCACGAAACCGAAAACGUGAAGAAAAGAAAAAAAAAAUAACUCGAAGUGGCGACCGUCGUCCAACUCCGUCACCACGACACGAUAAGGCCAGUGAGCAGCAAGCGAGGUAAUGGUGGAGGGGGAAAGGUGAUGAUUAUGAUGAUGGUGACGGUGGUGAUGAGGAGAGGAGGAGGAGGAGGAGGGGCAGCUGGCGGCGGUGAUGGUGGUUCUGGCAACAGUGGCGAGGGUAAGCAGAGGAAGAGUUCACCCCAGCCAGCCAGCCAGCCAGCCAGCCUCAUGUCCUGCCCCGCCCCGCCAGCCCUCAGCCACCUCAUGAGGAUAACUUUAGUGGCAUUAUUGUGAGUGACUGUGAGUGGGGGGAACUGACCUUGGGCUGCGCGGGUGUACGGUGGCCAUGAGAGACUGGGUGUGCAUGUGACGGGCGAGAUGCGUGCACACAGACAGACACAGACAGACAGGUGCACGCCUCGAGACAGGUGCACAGACAGUCUUCCCUUUCCGUCUGUAGAUAUGACAGAAAAUAAGUGAGGGGAUUUUUUUUUUACAUUUAUUUCUGAGCAUUUGUAAAUUAUUGCGAGACAUUUUUUUUUACUUUUCUCGGAUUGUUUGUUGUGUAAAUAUCUUUCUAAAACGAGCCUAUACAUUUUUUUUUUACUUCCCACUCUUAGGACCCGAACGUACGAAGAGAUCCAUAAUUACUGCCUUGGUUUGUUGAGCUUCUUAAGAUUCUUGUUGCCCGUGUUAUAGCUUCGUCUAGUCAACUGAGAUGUUAUAUAAUUAUCAUUACUAUUAUUCUCAUUAUUAUUAUUAUUAUUAUUAUUAUUAUUAUUAUUAUUAUUAUUAUUAUUAUUAUUAUUAUUAUUAUUAUUAUCAUUAUUAUUAUCAUUAUUACUAUCAUAACUAUAAACUGAAGCGGUAUGUGAUAACUGAAGCAUGUUAAGUUUGAUGCCAAAUUUUACUUGUGAUAAGAACGAAAUAAAAAAAACAACAACAGCAAGAAACCGUCCAGUGAUAACAUGAUCCCAUUCCUUUAUAUAGCGUUUUCAAUGCCUUGGCCACCUAAAGUAUAACGUCCAACCCUAGAGAAAAACAAAGCAAAACACAGCGAAACUAAAUGAAACACCCCGGGCGCCUCCCCCGAGCGUGGCGCGGGGGGGCGCUCACAAUAGCCGGAGUUAUCGGUCAGAGUCCAGCCCGAGACGCACAACACGAAUCUGUGAUGAGUGAAUGUCGAUCUAUUUAUAAAGCGUGGAUGUGUGGGCGUGAGGACGGAGCCGGAGCGCGGGAGCCGGAGCGCGAGGGGCGAAGGAAAGGAAAACUAACGUAAAGAGAAAUGGGGCAAAAUAAGAUAGAAGUAAUGCAGGAAUACAAAAGGAAAAAUAAAAGGAGAGGAGAAACACGAAUAAGAAUAUAAAAAAGUCGGUGCGUGAGGGGCGAAGAAAAGUAAAAACAAUAUAAAUGGGGCAUUGUUAAGUAGAGGUGCAAGGAUACGAAAAGGAAUAAAAAAAAAAGAGAGGAGAAAUGCGAAUAAAGCAAAAUAAUAUAGAAUCGUGAGUGGCAGGGACAAAGAAAAGUAAAAACAGCGUAAAGUAAUAUAAAUGGGGGACAGUUAAGUAGAGGUGCUAGGAUACGAAAACGAAUAAUAAAAAGGAGAGGAGAAACACAAAUAAGAAUAGAAAAAAAAGCUUGAGGGACAGGGGCGAAGAGAGCAAAGAUAACGUAAAGUAACAUAAAUGGGAGACAGUUAAGUAGAAGUAUACGAGGAUACAAAAGGAAUAAUAAAAAGGAGAGGAGAAACACAAAUAAGAAUAGAAAAAAAGCGUGAGGGGCAGGGGCGAAGAGAAGUAAAGAAAAUGUAAAGAGAAAUGGGACAAAACAGGGUACAGGUGCAAUGAAGCAUAAACAGAAAAAGAAAAGAACGGGGUAUAGAGGCAAGGGGACGAGACGUACGUGAAGAAAUAAAAAAAGAGAGGAAGAGGAAACACGAAUAAAGUAAAAUCGUGAGAGGCAGAGGCGAAGAUAGGUCAAAAUAAUGAAAUAUAGAUGUGGACGGUUAAGUAGAGGAGCAAGAAUACGAAAAAGAACAAUAGAAGUAGAGGAGAAACACGAAUAACAAUAGAAAAAAAGUGAGGGGCAGGGGCGAAGAGAAAUAAAUAGAAUGUAAAGUAAAUAAAAAUGGGGCGGAGUAAGGUAGAGGUGCAAUGACAAAAAACAAAGAAAAACUGUGGAAUGCGAGUACAAAAAAUCAUAAAACAAAGACGGAACGUAACAUGUGAAGUGAAAGAGCCAGUAAAUGAGAGCAAUAUAAUAAAAAAAAUAUAUAUAUAGCAGAAUAAAUAUAUGUCAGUGAGCAAAUACUUAAAUGAAUAAAUAUUUACGUUAACAAAACAAAGAUGCAAACACACACACACACACACACACACACACACACACACACACACACACACACACACACACACACACACACACACACACACACACACACACACACACACACGAAAGCAUUUAAAAAAGUAAAGUAAUUAUCUGAAAUAAAUAAACAAACAGACUUUUAAGAGAUUAAAAAAUUAUCCACCUGUAAAGAGUACACAAACUAGCGGUCAAAAUAAAGGCAAGGGUAAAAAUCAAAUGAACGUCAGUCUUUAAAAAUAUUAGUCAUUCAAAACCCAUAAAAAAAUAUAUAAUGAUGCUGAUGAUGAUGAUGACUGUACCCGACACACCUGUACCCGACACACCUGUACCCGACACACCUGUACCCGACACACCUGUACCCGACACACCUGUACGCGACACACCUGUACCCGACACACCUGUACCCGACACACCUGUACGCGACACACCUGUACCCGACACACCUGUACGCGACACACCUGUACCCGACACACCUUUCAACACCAGGUAAACGAGCAGCAGGUGUCAAGGAAAUCAAUGAAAAAAAUAACGCCUUAAUAUACUAAUAAUGAUAAGUGUUAAUCCCGUAAAAAUGAAAGAAAAGAAUUAUGAUGAUUAUAUACGACACCCCAUAAGAAAUAAAAGUGAUCAGAACUCUCACAAAUAAUAAUAAAAAAUCAGAAUAAGGAUGAAAAGGAAGAAAAUAAUAAAAAAUAAAAUAAUAAUAAUUCACAUUCCGUAUAAGAAAGACACGAUGAUGGUGAGGAUGACGAUACGAGUCGACACACACACACACACACACACACACACACACACACACACACACACACACACACACACACACACACACACACACACACACACACACUACUUCAUAAAAAAAUAAUUAACCCCAAAUAAAUGAUCCGCGAAAAAAAAAAAAAAAACAGCGAACGGGAGCCUUACAAACGUUCAUAAAUCAAGCCUGUUAAUGAUGACGAUUGUGGCAGACACGCCUCUUAACAAACGAUACACCGAGAUAAAUUAGCAGAGAACGCCGGAAAAUGCUAAACCCUCGCCGGCCCGGGACAGCAAGCGGCAGGUGAAGGUGUAAUUGAAGCAAAACACGGCCAGGUGGAAUAAAUUACCCACCCUCCGCUGCACACCUAGAAUUCGUGGAUGCGGUAAAAUAUGAACAAGUUAAUCCGCCGCGUGAUGUUAAAUGCAUUCCUUGAACACCCCAAUCCCUGAGCCAUGGCGCCGGUCCGUCCGGGUAACAAUGCCAAGGAGGGAUUGAUUUCGCCUUCUUGGGAUAAUAAACACAUUCGAGAUCAACAUAAAUACACCCGGCGACAUUACUUCAAUUAAGUUAUAUAAUGACAAGAGUGGAUGGAUCAAUUUAGGCUUCCUUGGGUAAUAUACACAUUCACAACUAAAAUAAAUAUCAGCAACGACAUUACUGAAAUAUAUAUAUAUAUAUAUAUAUAUAUAUAUAUAUAUAUAUAUAUAUAUAUAUAUAUAUAUAUAUAUAUAUAUAUAUAUAUAUAUAUAUAUAUAUAUAUAUAAUGACCACAAUAAAUGAAUUAAUUUUCAUCUUCUCUUGAUAAUUAACGCAUUCACAACUAACAUUAAUAUACGCAGCGACAGUACUUCAAUUAAUAGAUAUAAUGACAACAGUUGAAGUAUAAUUUAUCAGUCUAAAGGCCAAAUAUUCAUACACUAAGAGUAUGCUCAUAAUUAAAUAAUGGAUAACAGAGAGACACAAUUAUACACAUUACUUCAAUUUAUAGAUACAAUGACAACAGUGGGGCCAUAAUUUAUCCGUCUCUGGGCUAAACAUUCACACACUACCUAACAAUCUCCUCGUAAUUAACUAAAGGAAAACACGCCCAUAAAUAACGCAACGAUAGAACGUCAAUUCAAUUACAACAAAUUACAUGACAACAAGAGAAACAUAAUUUAUCUGUGUAAGGGCUAAAUAUUCGUACACUGACUAAGAGUAUGCUCAUAAUUAUAUAAUGGAUAACAGACACAAUUAUACACAUCACUUCAUUUAACAGAUAUAAUGACAGCAGUGGACCCAUGAUCCCUCCGUCUCUGGGCUAAACAUUCACACACUUAUAUAAAUCCCGUCAGUGUGAUUAGCCGCUCUACCAUUCACACACUGCCUAUAAUCUGCUCAUAGUGAAGUAAUGGCGCCCGUCCGUAACUCAUCACAGCACCACAGGACACAUAAUUCCCACACGAGCCACACAUAAAUACACCCGUGAUGAUUUACAGUGUUUGCACAGGACUAAAACACAAGCUCAAGCAGAAUUUAAGGCGACAUAAACGCCAAUAACGAGGUCGAGAGCAGCAAAAAAGAAUCGUGUUUAUCGUUUAAUGCGAGCAAGGUGUUAAUACGGAGAAAAAAAAGAAUAUAUAAAUUGAUUCGGUGGAGCGUCGACUCGUAUUAAGUCUGAGUGAUAAGGUGCAAAUUAAUGAUUUAAUUAGAUUCUUUUAAUAAUCUACUUAAUGGUCCUUGAAAAAAUCUCGCUAAGUACAAAUAAUGAAUUUCGUUUUGUUUUUUUAAUUGAAGCACUUUGGAGAAAUUACUGCAUCAUCUUCUCAAGCAUAAAAUGACCAAAGGAAUUAUUUUUAUUGGUUCAGGCAAGUUACUACUGCAAAUUAUUAUGUGAAUUAUUACCAUUAUUCUUAUGAUUAUUCUGUGUCGUCAUAAUUACAAACAUCAUCAUCAUUAUCAUUACUAUAUUAUUAAAGCUCCUACACGUCUUGCCUCAUUUGAAUAAUUACGCUUUUUUUACUUUUCUUUCUUUUUAAUCGCAAGGAAAAGAAGCCGAAAAGAUUAAUGAAAGAGACGGUAUAGAGAACACACACACACACACACACACACACACACACACACACACACACACACACACACAGUAACAUAAAAACAAGAAUCCCCGUUAUCUUGCUAAUGACAUCGUUGAGGUGAUGACGCUUGCCUGGGAAUGCGAGAAAAAGAGCGAAAGAGAGAGAGAGAGAGAGAGACGACCUGAUGGACCCGCUCACACCAACAGCUCGUCCUCGUCAACCUAUCAGUGGCGUGUUUCUCUUAUUGAAGGGUUUGUCUCGCUCCUGUGCCAUCUCAUUUAUCUUUUUCUUUUCUUUUUACUUUUUUUCUCUUUUGCCUUCUUUAUUUUGUUUUUGCUUAUUCCUUUUCUUUUUUUCGUUCUUCAUUCUUCACCUUCUUUGUCUUGCUUUUUCAAUAUUUUCCUUUUCUAUUUUCCUUUUUUUUUCUCUUGACUUCUUUCUUUGUUUUCGCCUACUCCUUUUUUUUAAGUUCUUCAUUCUUUACCUUCUUUGUCUUGCUUUUUCAAUAUUUUCCUUUUUUAUCUUAAUUGAGUGAUUUGUCUUGCGUCUGUGGCAUCUUCAUUUUUUUUCUUCUUUUUUCCUUUCUUUCCUUCUUCUCUUCUUCAUUCUUUGUGUCUUCGCUUCUAUUUUCCUUUAUUUUCGGUCUUCUUCAUUCUUUGCCUUCCUUCUUUCUUUCGUUCAUUCUGUGUCUUUGUUUAGGUGACUAUGUACUUCACUGAUCUUUUUCUAUCCAUUUUUUCUCUUCUAUGUUUUUUUUUGUCUCUGUUUCUUUUUCCCUUCUUAUUUAUUUUUCUCUUUAUUUAAUGGUUUGUCUCACUCUUGCGGCAUCUUCGUUUAUCAUUUUUUCCUUUUUUUUCUCUUUCUUAUUCAUUAUUUCUUUGUUUUUUUCUUUUAUCUUCAUCUUUCUUCGUUUAUCUUUUUUUCUUUUUUCCUUUCUUUCCUUUUUUUCACUUUUUUUUGCUUCCUUUUUCCUCUCUUAAUUGUCCUUUUUUUCCUUUAAUGAAUGGCUUGUCUCGUCUUUGUGGCAUCUCCAUUUAGCUUAUUUCCCUUCCUUCUUUCCUUCUUCCUCCUCAUUCUUUAGUCUUUGUUUCUUUUUUCCUUCUUUCGUUCUUUAUUAUUUUCCUCUUUACUUUUGUGGCCCGUUCAUUAUUUUCUUCCCUUCAUGUUUUUUCCUCUUUUUCUUUUUCUCUGUCUUUACUUUUCUGGACACUUUUUUAUUAUUAUUUCUGUUCUUUCGUUUUCUUCAUUAUUUGUGUCUUUGCUGUCGUCGCUACCUCACUAAUCUUUCUUCUCUAAUCUUUUCUCCUUCCUUUCUUCUUUUUUCCUUCUUCACUCUAUGCUUCACUUCAUUCAUCUUUUUCCUUUCGUUCGUUUUUUCUUAGUUAAUUAUUUCUGUGUCACUGUCCACUACACACACCUUUUAUUUUUCUCUCGUUUCCUUUCUUUCUUAAGUUUGCUUUUUUUCAUUCUUUGUCUCGGAUAAUGAUUUUUCUCUGUCCAUUACGUUAAUUACCUCCUUCUCCUCUUCCUUUUGAUCUUUCUCCUCUUCCUCCUUUAUUCCGAUUUGUUUAUUUGAUUUGAUUUGAUUAACGCACUUAUUUCCCUCAUUUAGCCACACUUAUCUCAUUUCUUCUUCUUCUUCUUCUUCUUCUUCUUCUUCUUAGUCUUAUUCUUAUUCUUAUUCUCAUUAUUAUUGAAAGUAUCAUCACCAUUGCCAUUACUACUUCUACUAUGGCUGCUACAUAUCGUUUUUACCUCCAGUACUAUUCCGUGUCCACCGUACCUACCUUACCCCCCCCCCCCUCUCCCGAAAACCACCUACUCCACCCCCCCUGUCCUCUGCCCCGCCCCGCCCCGCCCCGCCCCGCUUCACCUCUCCCCGCCCCGCCCCAAAAUAAGGUUGAGUUUCGUAUCCCAGGCGACGGGCGUAUCGGCUUUAUCCGCAUCCGGCUCCGUAUACGAAUAGUUAGACAUAUUUCUCCCCUCUGUAUGCAUUUACAACACCAGUCCGUCCGUCCGAAGAGCGAGCGAGAGAGAGAGAGAGAGAGAGAGAGAGAGAGAGAGAGAGAGAGAGAGAGAGAGAGAGAGAGAGAGAGAGAGAGAGAACUGGGGAAGAAAGCAAGGAAACUUAACGAAAGAGAGGGAAAGAGAAAAGAGAGAAAGAUAAAGAGAGAGAGAGAGCUUUCGAAUAGGCCUACACUUUUUUUUAAUGCUGUUACUGUCUUUACAUUGUUAUAAGAGAAAUACUCGACAGCCCUGCCAUUACUCUAUGUUAUAAAUAUAUAUCCACAUUAUAUAUACAUUCAUACAUACAUACACACAUACAUAUAAACCCAUACAUAACACAUUCAUAUAUACAUACAAGACACUCAUAUUGCAUUCAUUCACAUAUAUACAUACAUACACAAACACAUACAUACAUACAUACACACAUACAUACAUACAUACAUACAUACACACAUACAUACAUACAUACAUACAUACAUACAUACAUAAGGCAUUCAUAAAUACGUACAUGCGAUAAUAGUUGUAUAGUUUGCAAGUGAUGAUGUUGUUGUUGUUGUUGUCGAACGUCUGUCUGUAAGAAUCGGUGUUUAUAUUCUCGUGUAUGUAUGUAUGUUUGUUUGUUUGUAGGAGUGUUUGUUCUCUUGUGCAAUAAGGAUCAAUGUGCAGAGUGUAAGGUAAAGGGAAUCGCCUCUCUGAGUUCCGCUAUAGCACUGUCCUCCCUCAAUCAUUUAUUUUUUACUUAUUUUUUUUAUGUUUGUGUCUUCAGUGUGUCCAUUUUUUUUUAUAUAUAUAUCAGCUACCAACAUUGUAUCUCUUUAUUAUUAUCAUUAUUGUUAAUUUUAUUAUUAUUCAUCUUAUUACGUUCAUCUGAAUAUUUGAAGUACAUUUUUUUGGUGAUUCGAUUCAAAUGCCAUGUCUUUCAAAGUAUCUUCGUCUACUCAACGCCGUCCAGUGUAAGUCUUUAACACUACCUAUUGAUAUUCUAUUCAUUAUUGUUUCUGAUUAUUCUGUCCAUGGAUUCAGUACACCUAAUUUGACCAUGUUCGUGCACUCUGUACAUCUUAUUUGACCUUGUUUUUGCAAUAUUUACACAAGAUUUGAUUCUGUUUAUGAAUUACACUCAUGUGAUGUAAUUGAUCAUGCAUUCCAUACUCCUAAUUAGAUUCUGUUCAUGUGCUCCAUCCAUCUGAUUUGAUUCCGUUCAUGUACUCUUUAUACUAAUUUUACAUUCUCUUUAUGCCUUCAGUACACUUGAUUCGUCCAUACUGAUUGACUUUCUACACUUGAUUCGUCCAUACUGAUUGACUUUCUACACUUGAUUCGUCCAUACUGAUUGACUUUCUACACUUGCUUUGAUUCCAUUUAUACAUUCUACAUAUAUGUGAAAAUCAUUCGUGUUUAAGCAUUCUGUAAACCUGAUAUGAUUUCCUUUAAAUAUUUUCAAACUCUGGAUAACUACUCCUGUUCACCUAACUUCCCUUGACUCACCUCUGCUAUUCCUUUUGUGUGUGUUUGCGUGGGUGUAUGAUUCUGCUUUUUAUUAUUAUUUAUUCAUCUCAAGGUUUCUUUUUGCUUUCGUUUGUAAUGGUGCAUAUCUUUGUCAAGCCGUGCAAUGUGUCAACUUUCCUGCCAAAAAAAGUAAGAUCUGCCAACUCUACCCGUGGCUCAUAGUGGAUGCCAGACCUGUGGAAAACCUGAUGAACGUCGAUGUGUGUGUGUGUACAGGCUGUGAAAAAUUACUCGGCGCCCUUACAGCACGAUAUAUUAAGUUACUAGAAACGAGAAAUUGUGAAUAGAUGUAACUGGGGCAGAUUUCCACCUCCUGAACCCUAACACGAUAUAAUGUCCCACACACUUUUUUUUUUGCCUUUGAUCUCCCUCCUUUCACAAAAAAAAAAGGACGAGAAGUUCUGAAUAAACAUAACGGCGAAGGAUCGAGAAUAUCCAGCUCUCGAAGUGCUUGAGAAAUUCAUCUGUUUAAGAGAGCAAAUCUUCGGACUGGUCUUGUGUUGCAUUUUGUGGGAAUAUAUUUUAAAAUCAACUGCAUCGACUUUUUUUAACGGCUGAAGAAAAAAGUAUAAACACACGAAGUACCCAAGUAGUCUAUGGGAAUUAGAACAAGGGAUGCCGAAUAGUUUUUUGUGGCCUGUUUUACGUCCUCGACAAAACUUGAAUAUUGUGUUUUUUGUUUCAUUAUAAUAUUCUUGUUUUCCUUCGCCUUCUUUUACGAUGAACGAAGACAGUUUUGUCAUUCAGUUCCACCUUAUUGUUUUUUUUCUAUUUUUAUUGGUAUUAUAAUAAUGUUUGUUUAUGUAAUCAUUUUGUAACUUUUUAUUAUUAUUUUGAGGAUUAUUUUGUCUUUUCUGUUCGAUAUUUUGACAUUUCUUAUACUUUCUUAUACGAUACUGUAAGAAGAAAUAAACACCCAUUUUUGUACCGCCCAAAAGUUGUUGUGUUAAGGUGUGUCUUGACUCUGAGCUGGCAACACUGUGAGCCGCGGAGGGGAGGAUGCCAGACAUGUGAUAAUUGUCGUCUGCCGCGAUUCCUGUAGCUUCCCUGCAUGCCGAGACAGUCCACUCAUGUUAACUCGGUGGAUAAAACCUUCCCCUUCCUUCCCUACCAAAGAAUUAAGUGCAUUUACCAUACAUGUGAUUGUAAUUAUGUAUACCAGGAGGAGGAGGAGGAGGAGGAGGAGGAGAAGGAGGAGGGAUGGAGGAGGAAGUAGACGAUAAAAAAGGAUAAUGAAAAAGAAUUAAAACAGUCAAAAUGUAAAUUAAUGAUGCAAGAAAAAGAGAAAAAAAGGAAGAAAAGACAGAAGGAAAGAAGGAGGGAGGGAGGGAAGAAGUGAAGGAAGGAAGGAAGGAGAGGAGGAGGGAGGAAGAGGAGAGUGAGUUUUAUCCAGAGUUAAUAUGAGCAGACUAUAAAAUGAGUAUGCAAAUAUUAUCAUGUGUGUGUGAAAGUAUGUGUGUGUGUGUGUGUGUGUGUGUGUGUGUGUGUGUGUGUGUCGCCAAGGAUAACAUGAUGUAUUUAUUUUUCAUUGCCCAUAACUUAGUUCGGAGUGUAUGAAUGACUUUUUUUUACACAAGCCAUUUUCUAAACUAAUAAAUUGUUAACUAAG